AUGGAUUAAAUUAAAAUAAAGCAUUCUCCUGUUAGUCAAUUCUAAAUUUCAGAUAAAGAAUUCCCUCUCUCUUUGUAAUUUAUAAAUGAUACUGUUUUAAUGGCUAUGACUGAUUUUUCAUUAAAAUGGAUUGACUUAAAUACACAAUAAGUUAUUUGGGAACAAAAGAACCAUCAUCAAAAAAGAAUAUAAUAAUUGAUAGUAGAAAACAAUCUAGCAUUCACUUGCUCAAAUGAUAGAACAAUUAAGGUGUUUGAUUCACAAUCUAAAUAAUAAGUUCAUUAAUUUAAGAACGAAAAAGAAUCUUAUUCAAUUGCUAAAUCUAAACAUAUAUUAGCAGGUGGAAGUGAGGGUAGAAUUGAUUUCUAUGAUCUUAAUGCAAUGAAAUGGAGAUCCAGAUUUGAUUCCUCUUAAAAUGAAGAAUUAUCUUCAUUGAAUUUCCAUUCUUAAGUUUAAACUUAACUCUUAUCAUCUUCAACAGAUGGAUUACUAGUUCAAUAUGAUUUGACUUAAAAAAAUGAGGAAGAAUCAUUAUAAAUGAUGAUUAGAUUUGACUAACCUCUAAACUCUUGUGGCUAUUGGAAUAAUUUAUGUUUUUGUGUUACAACCACAAAUUAAAUUACUAUCCUAGAUUAACAAAAUGAUCAAAAACUCCAUUAAUUCUAAGCUAUUAAGAAUGAUGAAUUUCAUGAAGAUUAUCUAAUAGAUGUUAUGGCUGAUAAUGAAUUUAAAUAUUUUGUAGGUAAUGGUAAGGAGAUCUAUCAAAAGAAUGAAAAAUAAUAGGUAGUUGCCUUGUAUGAGACCAAUUCUACUGAAUAGAUUAGACAUAUUAAAUAAUUGAAAGAUUGUUAUUUGUUAUUUAGUGAAAAUGGGUUACUUGAAAUCCUGAAGCCACAACCCUAUGUUUACUAACCCUAAUCAAUUGAAGAAGAAGCAUUAGGCUUAAUUGAAGAGGAAGGUGAUAACAAAAAAUAAAAAAAGAGAAUAUGAUGUUAAGAUUUGAUUUAUACAGUCGAUAAAUUGUUACAUAUAUAUUUAAAUAACUUUCUGUUU